CACCUCGGUUCCUCAUCACCUCCACAGGAGCCCUUUACAUCCUGGACGUGCAGAAUGAGGAUGGAUUGUAUAAUUACAGGUGUAUGACACGCCACCGCUACACGGGAGAGACCAGGCAGAGCAACAGCGCACGUCUCUUUGUGUCAGGUAAGCAAAGGGACAGUACAGCUUGGAUGCCAGUCUGUUGUGCAAGUCUGGGUGCCAAUGUUUGCAUGGAAUACACUCUGAAUAUGGCUAGGUUUGACUAUUGUUUCACUUCACUCCUUCAAUCUGGACCAGCUCCAAGCUAGUCAAUGGAGUAUGGCUAACAAUGCAAAAUAUAUAUAUAUAUAUAUAUAUCUUUUUGUGUGUGUAUUUUACCCCCUUUUUCUCUCCAAUUUCGAUCUUGUCUCAUCGCUGCAACUCCCCAACGGGCUCUGGAGGUGAAGGUCGAGUCAUGUGUCCUCUGAAACAUGACCCGCCAAACCGCGCUUAACAUCCGCCCACUUAACCCGGAAGCUAGCCAAUGUGUCAGAGGAAACACCAUUCACCUGACGACCGAGGUCAGCCUGCAGGCGCCCGGCCCACCACAAGGACUCACUAGAGCGCGAUGAGCCAACUAAAGCCCCCCCGGCCAAACCCUCCCCUAACCCGGACGACGCUGGGCCAAUUGUGCGCUUCCCUAUGGGACUCCCGAUCACAGCCGGUUGUGAUACAGCCCGGGAUCGAACCCGGGUCUGUAAUGACACCUCUAGCACUGCGAUGCAGUGCCUUAGACCGCUGCGCCACUCGGGAGGCACAAUGCAUGCUUUUGACCAUGCUAUGCAUUAAAUAUUGAAUCCAUCUCACCUUUGGCCAUUGCUCCUCCCUCAGACCCCACCAACUCUGCGCCGACCAUCCUGGAUGGCUUUGAGCGUCGCGAGGUGAUGACAUCACACCGGGUAGAGCUGCCAUGCAAAGCGUCUGGUCACCCGGCCCCCAAAUACCGCUGGCUGAAGGACAACCGACCGCUGGAGCCGGACACCCGCUUCAGGCAGAGUGUGACGGGGCUGUUGAUCGAGAGAGCCCAGUCCAGCGACACGGGAAACUACGUGUGUGAGGUCUGGAACAGCUAUGGCAAUGCAGAGGUGGUGGGGAGGCUGCAGGUCAAAGGUCAGUAAUAGACUGUGUGCAGCAUGUGGUGCUAAAUGUACAGUAUGUUUGUUGUUAAUGUGUAUGUUUGUCUUUGGAGUUUAAAAUCCAUUUCAGAGUUGAUAUGUAUUUAGCUGACAUACAGUAUGUCACAUUGACAUAUGUGUAAUGUAAGAGAAUCUAAGCCUUUCCCCUCUCCCUUUUCCAGAGCCCCUGAAGGCGGUGGUCAGCCCGAAGAAGGUGAAAGGCAGCGUGGGUAGCCAGGUGUCUCUGUCGUGCAGCGUGAGUGGCUCGGAGGAGUACGAGCUGUCCUGGUACCGGAAUGGAGAGAUCAUCUACCCUGGGAACAGUGUCCGCAUGACUGGCAACAACCGGGAGAACCUGGUCAUGGCUGGGAUGGCUAAGAGUGAUGGAGGAGCCUACCAGUGCUUCGCCAGGAAUGGCAAGAUGUCCACCCAGGACUUUGUCCAGGUCAUCCUGGAA